GGCCGGCCAGCUCGCCUGCUCUGGGCUAGAGCGCCGCUUCCGCAGGGAGCCGCGUGUGCCCUUCCCGCCUGCGGAGCGAUGCUGCCGGCGGCCGCCUGCCGCCUCUGGGGGCCGCGGCUCGGGCUGCGGGGCGCCGCGCUCCGCCUCGCCAGGCAGCAGGUGCCCAGUGUCUGUGUGGCGCGGCAGUUGAGAAGCAGCAGCCACCGGAGGGGUGAGGCGCUCGCCGGUGCACCCCUGGAUAAUGCUCCCAAGGAAUAUCCCCCCAAGAUCCAGCAACUGGUUCAGGAUAUUGCCAGCCUCACGCUCCUGGAGAUCUCAGACCUCAACGAGCUCCUGAAGAAAACUUUGAAGAUCCAGGAUGUCAGCCUCAUGCCCAUGGGUGGUGUGAUGCCUGGUGCCAUCCCUGGUGCAGGAGCAGCAGCUGCCACCACCCCCCAGGCAGCAGAAGAAGAUAUCCCCACAAAGAAAGAGCGGACACACUUCACUGUCCGACUGACAGAGGCAAAUCCUGUGGACAAAGUGAAACUGAUCAAGGAAAUCAAGAACUAUGUCCAGGGCAUAAAUCUUGUCCAGGCCAAGAAGCUGGUGGAAUCCCUGCCCCAGGAAAUCAAAGCAAAUGUCGCCAAAGCUGAGGCUGAAAAGAUCAAAGCAGCCUUGGAAGCGGUCGGCGGCACCGUCGUUCUGGAGUGACCCCCCCUCAGCUCCGAGGACUUGUGGACUGGGGUCCCUGGGACCUGGGCAAAGGCCCGCUCACCCCUGCUUUGCUCCCAGGUGGUGUGUUGGGAGCAACAGCUACUGGCGCUAGUGACGGAGUCCUCCUGGGAGAGGCACAGGAUGGACCUCCUGUGAUGGGGGAGGGGCAGCCCCAGCUUGUGCAGAGCACUCACAGAAUUGCCUUGGGAACUUUCCAAGUGAACACACCUCUCUGGUGGCUGCUGAGAAAAUACACUGUUCAGGCUGGG